CUCGCUCGCUGGCUCAGCAUGCGCGGGCUCUGCCGCCGCCGCCUCUUCUGCUUGCUGGCCGCCCUGCUGGGGCUGUGCGGGGGCAGCAGGAACUGCCCCGACCUCAUCGUGGACCGCUGCCUCUGCGCCGCCGAGCGCGCCAAGGGGCCCGGCCGCCCGGCUCUCCGCAUCAAAGUGGUCUGCACCGGCGGAGACUUGGUGGAAACUUUGCAGCCCGCUGUGCUGCCCAACCGCACCGUGUCCCUGAUUCUGAGUAACAACAAGAUCUUGUGGUUGAAGAAUGGCUCUUUCUUUGGACUGAGAUCCCUGGAGAGACUAGAUCUGAAGAAUAAUUUGAUCAGCACAAUUGAGCCAGGGGCCUUCACUGGACUUUCUGAACUGAAGCGCCUGGAUCUUUCAAAUAACAGAAUUGGCUGCCUAACUCCAGAAAUGUUUGUUGGACUUAACAAUCUUCACAAACUGAAUCUGUCGGGGAAUAUAUUUUCAAGUCUCAUGAACGGACUUUUUUCUGAGUUGCUAGCUCUAAAAGCACUACAUUUUAACACCGAUUCACUCAUUUGUGACUGUAAUCUAAAAUGGGUCUUGCAAUGGGCCAGAAAUGCUUCAGUUCGAAUAGCAGAGGAAACAGUUUGUGCUUACCCUAGUACUUUACAAGGACAGUCCUUUCGUAACCUGAAGGAAAACCAGCUGAUAUGUGCUGGACCCCUGGAACUUCCUCUUUUUGAGCUGAUCCCAUCACAAAGACAAGUGGUUUUUCAUGGAGACCGCUUGCCAUUUCAGUGUACUGCAACAUAUGUUGACAACACCACCCAAGUGCAUUGGUACCACGCUGGUCGCCUGAUUGAAACAGAUGAAGAGCGUGGCAUAUUUGUGGAGGAUAGCAUCGUUCAUGACUGCUGCUUAAUUACACGUGAACUUAUCCUGUCCAGCAUUGACAUUGAUGCAACUGGAGACUGGGAAUGUCUAGUCAACAAUUCCUAUGGAAACAGCACUAAAAAAGUAGAAAUUGUGGUACUUGAAACAGCUGCACCCUACUGCCCUGCAGAAAGAGUUAUUAACAACAAGGGAGAUUUCAGGAGUUGGUGGCAGAGAGGGCUUAGCAGUAUUGGGUCAAAAUGCAAAGCAAUGAUUGUCAGAUGGCCCAAAACGUUGGCUGGAGUAACUGCUUAUCAUCCCUGUCUCCAAUAUUCAUUUAACUCCUUUGCCUUUCACAAUGGUGCAGAGGAAUCUAAGGCGUGGCGUAAAUGUAAUCGAACUGGACGCUGGGAUGAAGAAAACUAUUCUCAAUGUCCUUAUUCACAAGAAGUAACUCAAGUUCUCCAUGCUUUUAGUCAGAUGCACAUCAAUUUGACAACAGUGCUUGAGUUUUCCCGCCAGCUGACAGCCUACACAAGAGGUGCUUCCCGCUUUGCAGAUAAAAUGGAUGUAAUAUAUUUGGCUUACAUAAUGGAAAAGUUAAUUGUCUUCGUGGAUGAAGUUGAAGAUAUUGGAGAUGCUCUCAUUGAAAUUGCCAGCAAUAUAAUGUUGGUCGAUGACCAUGUGUUGUGGAUGGCUCAAAAGGAAGACAAAGCCUGCACCAGGAUUGUACGAUGUGUGGAACACAUUGCAAGUCAAAUACUGACCAGCAAUAUUCAAAUGAUAUCAAAGGUAUCUCGCAAUAUAGCUCUGGAGGCCUUUAUGAUCAAGCCAUCUAGUUUCACGGGAAUGACUUGCACUGCCUUCCAGAAAGUAUCUGCAAAUUCUGACAAGUCAGUGGUGCACGAUUUGGGAAGCUGGGAAGCAAAUCAUCAUCUUGAUCAACACUUAAAUUUCAAGUGCAACACUGGCAAUCUGAAUGGUUCCUUAGUGAAUUCUUCGACCAGGAAUGCUGUGGCAGUAGCUUCAGUUCAUUUGCCACAGUCUGUCUUCUCUCAGUCUUCAGCCUGGCAAUCUGUUGAUAACUCCACUUGCAAGCUACAGUUUAUUGUCUUUCGGAAUGGAAAACUCUUUCCUAGCACAGGAAACUCAUCAAAUCUUGCAGAUGAUGGGAAACGUAGGACGGUUGCUACACCAGCUGUUUUUGCUAAAAUAGAUGGGUGCAGUUUUGGAAACCUCACCAGCCCUCUUACAAUAGGGUUGAGGCACUUUGCACGGGGUAUAGAUCCCAUUGCAGCCUUCUGGGAUUUUGACCUUCUAGAUGGACAUGGAGGCUGGUGGGGAGAAGGGUGCCACAUAAUUAGUUCUGCAGGCAAUAUUACCACCAUUCAGAGUACACACUUCAGUAACUUUGCAGUGCUAAUGGAUUUUAAGACAGUGCUGUCUUUCCCCCAGUACCCAGGGGAGUUUCUGCACCCUGUGGUAUAUGCAUGUACUGCAGUUAUGUUGUUGUGCCUGUUUGCUUCCAUUAUCACCUACAUUGUCCAUCACAGCACAAUCCGAAUAAGUAGAAAAGGAUGGCAUAUGCUCCUCAACUUUUGUUUCCAUACUGCUCUUACAUUUGCUGUUUUUGCUGGUGGAAUCAAUCGCAUUAAGUAUCCAAUUAUAUGUCAAGCUGUUGGCAUAGUAUUACAUUAUUCUACACUCUCUACUAUGCUAUGGAUUGGAGUAACUGCCAGGAAUAUUUAUAAGCAAGUCACAAAAAAACCUCAGUCAUGCCAAAAUAGUGACCAACCUUCUUAUCCAAAGCAACCACUACUCAGAUUUUACCUGAUUAGUGGCGGAGUCCCUUUUAUUAUAUGUGGGAUUACAGCAGCAACCAAUAUCAAUAAUUAUGGGAUUGAAGGCAAUGCACCAUAUUGCUGGAUGGCGUGGGAGCCCAGUCUCGGAGCUUUCUAUGGGCCAGUAGCAUUCAUCGUGCUAGUCACCUGCAUCUACUUUCUCUGCACGUAUGUGCAGCUGAAGCGCCAUCCUGAGCGCAAGUAUGAGUUAAAGGAAAAGACAGAAGAUCCACAGAGAAUACCAAGCACUGAGGUGGGCCAUGGUCAUAUUACAGACUCUGUGUCAGUUCCCCAGCCAACCUGUUCCAUGAUUUCUUCCUCCUUACUGGAAAAUGAGCAUUCAUUUAAGGCUCAGCUUCGAGCUGCGGCGUUCACUUUGUUCCUGUUUACUGCCACUUGGACCUUUGGAGCACUUGCAGUAUCUCAAGGUCAUUUCUUGGAUAUGAUAUUCAGCUGUCUUUAUGGAGCCUUCUGUGUGACCUUGGGGCUUUUCAUCCUGAUCCAUCACUGUGCAAAACGAGAUGAUGUGUGGCAUUGCUGGUGGUCCUGUUGCCCAUCUAGAAGAAACACCUAUUCUGUCCAAGUUAAUGUGCGCCCAAAGGUUAAUGUCAAUGGUGACACUCAAGUUCAUGCACCUUGUCUUCAGGAAUCACCGUGUCCCAACAAAUCAGCUGUGUUUAACCAUCCAGCAGCUAGCCACUGCAAACUUACCAACCUACAGGCAGUUCAAAAUCAUGUUAACUGCCUUUCGCCUGUGACACCGUGUUGUGCAAAAAUGCACUGUGACCAGCUACUCGACGACGAAGCUCACAUUCAUGUCCACAGCGAGGGAACCUUCAGACCCAACAUGCACAUUCAUAGAUGUCUGAAAAGCAGAACUAAGCCACGUUACUUCAGUCGGCAUAGGUCUGCAGGUGAAAGAGAAUAUGCCUAUCACAUUCCUUCGAGUAUUGAUGGCAGCAUCCACAGCUCACAUACAGACAGUCCCCACAGUACACACGAUAGCCAGUCAGGUCACAGACGGGCCUGCUGCUCAAAAAGUGAUCCAUAUCCUACUGUCAACCAGCCUGAAAGUAGCGACGCAAGUACUGUAAUAUAUAGUUGUACUAAAAUGCCAGAGAGUGACACUGUGCACCAUCCUGCUCACUUUGAAAUGCACCCACGGACACAGUCAUUGCCAUUUAAUACGACAAAUCACAAUGGAAUUCUCAAGGGAAAUGUGCAUGAAGCCAUGAUAUACAGCUCAGAUAGUACAGGAAAUAUCAAAACUGGCCCAUGGAAAAAUGAAACUACUGUGUAGUUCAUGGGCCAUCGUAAUGUGGCUUUUCCCCUAAACCAUCAUUAGCUUUGUUUUUAUUCCAAAUGAAGUAAGAUGACGUAUUUGUGGAGCUCAUCAGUGAAUUGUACAGCUUUUCCAUCUUUAUUCCCAUUUUCUUAACAAGAGUAUAAAAGAGAGAGAUAGUGACAGUUUUUAAAUGAAGGUAUUUUUAAGAGAAACUUAUAAAACUAUUCUGAAAGAUAAUUAGAAAAUUAAGUCUAGAUAAUUGAAUAUGAGAGGCAAUAUCCUUUUGUUACCCAGAACAUUUCUUUAGAGAUGCACCAUUUUUAUUCGUUGUUUUCACUUUUAUUCCGCAGUAACUUCAGACACUUUUUAUAAACAUAUCAGCAUCUUAAACUUUUACUUAUUUAUUUUUGUAGCAAAAUAUUAUUAAUGGGCCGUGGAGUUUGAUCGGAAGCGACUGUGGUGGAAACGGUGAACUGGGUUUUAUAAAACUGCAGCUUUUUAGAUCUACAAAAGUGAUACUGCCUCUAAAAAAAAAAUCUUCUGUAGCAUAUGGCCUGUAAAGUUGUGUAAUGUACAGUCUCUGUUCCGUCUUUUUCUUGUUGGAGAGAAGUGCUAGGUAAUGUCUCUGUUACAUCUAUGGUGCUGUAUCGGUUGUAUUUUGCAUGACAUACGUCAGGAUAUACCAUUCGCUGUUUUCUAGUGUUACAUGUGUUAAAAAAAAAAGAGAAAAAAAAAAAGGUGUUGUACAAGGCUGUGAAAAGCCCUAUCAAUAUUAACCUAGAGCAUUAUAAAUCUACAGGAAAGAAAAAAAAAUCACUGCACUAGUUUUAAGUGGCACAAUCCUUUGUAUAAGGUUAUAUGAUAGCUUUGAUAAGGGUCCACUCUAAUGUCUUUACAGAGCAUGCACUACUCAUCGUAUGUGGCACUGUGCGGUGUAAUAGCAACUGUCUCGACGAGUUUUACACUUCUUUGUAAAGUAUGCCUUUUGAACAACUCUGUAAGCUGUUUCACCAUCACCUUCCCACAUCUGUUAAGGUAGAGCAGUUUUGUCAUUAACUCUUUGAGGACUACGGUUAUUUUCUUAAAGUAGCUUAUUCGACUUCAGAGACGCUGUAUGUACGGUACCGUCUGCGUAGUUACUUGCUCAGUGUAGUCCAGAGCCAUCAGGAAAGAGAAAAUUAAUUUUCCAAACUGUACCUUCUCAGACUUCAGCUAUUAAUUUCACCACUUGCUUUCUGAAAAGCCAUUUCCUCCCCUAGCAAAUUGUCUUCACCCUUUAAUGCUAAUUUGACCUUCAGAGCAGUUCUUUGUGUUCAUGAUUUCUGCUGAAUUGUAGGGCAUUCCAGGGUCAGUUCCAUUCUUUAAUAAUAAGGCUCUUGGCAAGAUUUUUUUUUCAUGUUUCCAUGAACAUCUGGACACAAAGCAUCAACUCACAGUACAGAACGGCACCAUAAUUACCCCUAUAUGAAAUAAAACUGGGUUCUUUUUUUUCCCCUCCAAAUAAGAAGGGUCAGUACAAUAAUGGAUUUCAGAAAGUGAAUAGGAGCAUACAGUUGUGAGAAAAAUAUCUGCAGUGGAAAGUGAGCAGUGCAUCCAUAAAUAACAGAAAAAGCACAGUUCUGUGUGGCCACAUACAGAAAGUUUGCUGUCAGGUCUCAACACAAACUUAUGUAGUUGCUAGGUUGCUGCUGAGAGGAAAUAGAAAAUUCCCUUGAGGGUUCAUCAGUCUGCGAUUCUCUGUGUACAUGUUGCAGAAAUCUUCACAUACCUUACGCCAGUUUUUUUCUGUUAUUAGCAGUUUAUUAGUCUCUACUUCCCCCACCCCUCAUCCCCCCCUAAUAUGUAGGAAUGCAUUUCCUAAUAAUGUACAUAAAGAUGACAAUUAUAAGUGUUAGAAUGUUAUAAAAACAUGUAAGUCAGAUGAUGAAUGUGUUCUGCAGUGUUGCAGGUGGGAAUUAGUACUCAAAGGGUUAAUGCUCAGUAUCUGAGUGCAAGAAAUCUGGGGGUUCUUUUUUUCUGUAUUUUUGUAAAUUUGAAAUCUAUAUUGUAAACUCCAGCAGUGCAAUGUAUCCAUCCCAGAUUGUGUAUUUUUAAAAGGUGAGCAAGAAGAGUGCACUAGAUGGUUGUCAAGUUUUAAGCCUAUAUACCACAGUUUCAUAACUUCUUCUUUAGCUAAUACAAAAAAAAAAAAAAGAAAAAAAAAGAAAACAAGAAAAAAGAGGGAAAAAAAGCAGAAAUGCCUGAGCUUUAUUAUGUAUAUGCUGUAUAUGCUUGAACUGUCUCUAAACCAAAAUACAGUAUUUUCCUUUGUUUGCAUAAUGAAAUGUUUUCUGUUUAAUAAUGGUUUUCAUUUAAUAUUGCUUUUAUUCAUUCCAUGUAGACAGUGAGUCCUAAACAAGCAUAGACAUAAUAAGAAAUACCACUUCUCUGUGUCUCAGCACUCUGUAUAUGUGUAUCCUGUAAUAGCAAAAUCCUAGGAGGUCUGUAGACCGUUAUGCAAAAUAUUCCACACACACAGCCAAGUGAAAUACUCAGUCUGUGAGAACCCACUCGGUGAGCUGCUUUAAUUCGGCUUGUGUUUUAAUCACCCCUGUCAUUUUGUCUGAGAGGUGAGUUCCAUCUCCAUAAUGGCUUACAAAGAAGUAAAUAGGUGCUGCUUUCCACAGAAUAUCUUAUGCGAUAAAACUCUCUGGAAUUGAAACGUAAAAUAUUAAACCACUUUUCUUAUUGUGUUAAAAAAUAACUUAGUGAAUACUUCUGGGCUAAUUUGGAAGAGAUGUGUUAUGCAAUAAGCUGUUUGCAUAUUAUUUUUUCAAGAGAAUAUACAGUAUAACUACAGAGUAGAAGAAACAUGAUAUUAAAUAAAUAUAAAAAAUGUUUUGUAACAUCA